AACGAGUCGCCCUUCACCUCGACGAACCUAGCGCAGUCACCUUUAUCUCUACAGUGGUGCAAGGAACAAUGCUGGACUUCCUCUAGGAGCUGCUUCCGCAAGGUUCAGUUGCAAUCUGCUCAGACAAGUCCACCUUCUUUUCAACCGGUCUUUUCAGCCUCAGCACAGUUUGGGCUCUAGCUAUCAAUUUUGGCCUAUAUUUUUACGGACAAGAUGUGCUUUCCCUGGGGACUUCACGAAUGCACGCGACCUAAAACUUUACUAAGACUAUGGUUUCUGUUAUUUGGUCGAAGUAGUUGUUUUAAGACGCGAACAUACGGUAAGGCGCGAGCAUCGUUAGCUCUCCUUAAUUUUUCACCUACAGUAUCAUCCCACUCAAAUCACUUGUGGGACGACGGAGUUUCGAGUCCAUCGGUACCUUCUAUGCUGGUGUCAUUGGUCGGUAGCAAUCAUGCGAAGAGGCUAUAUACACGGUCAAGCUGAGCCCCAAUGGCGUAACGCACAUCUUACGUGCA